GGAGGUCGCGAUGUGCCCACCCUCCGGCGUCCCUGGCGGCCGCUGAUAGGCGGCAGCGGGAGCGGUUCUCCCCACCCGCACCGCACCGCGUCGGUGCCUGGCAGCCAGAGGAUCGGCCCCGCCGCCAUCGCCAUGGGCACCCGGGACGACGAGUACGACUAUCUCUUCAAAGUUGUGUUGAUUGGGGACUCUGGAGUAGGGAAGAGUAAUCUUCUGUCACGCUUCACUCGCAAUGAGUUCAACCUUGAGAGUAAGAGCACCAUCGGGGUGGAAUUUGCCACCAGAAGCAUCCAAGUGGAUGGGAAGACGAUAAAAGCUCAGAUCUGGGACACUGCAGGGCAGGAACGAUAUCGUGCCAUAACCUCAGCCUAUUACCGUGGUGCGGUUGGGGCCCUCCUUGUCUAUGACAUUGCCAAACAUCUCACCUAUGAGAAUGUCGAGCGUUGGUUAAAGGAGCUCCGGGAUCAUGCAGACAACAAUAUUGUCAUCAUGCUGGUGGGAAACAAGAGUGACCUGCGCCAUCUGAGAGCUGUGCCCACCGACGAGGCCCGGGCUUUUGCAGAAAAAAAUAACUUAUCUUUUAUUGAAACUUCGGCCCUGGAUUCCACAAAUGUAGAAGAAGCCUUCAAGAACAUCCUCACAGAAAUCUACCGCAUCGUCUCACAGAAGCAGAUUGCAGAUCGAUCUGCACACGAUGAGUCUCCCGGCAACAAUGUAGUUGAUAUCAGCGUCCCGCCAACCACCGAUGGACAGAAAUCCAACAAACUCCAGUGCUGUCAGAACCUGUGACCUGUAGAUGCUGUUUGUGUGCCCCUCACAUCUUCUGUGCUUCAGUUAGAAACUUGUGUGGGCUUCUUUCAAAUAUUUCCUGUGAUUCAGUGACUCCCUGUGUUCCUCUUCUCCACACCCCUCCCCAGCCCCCUUCUGUCAUCUUAGAGCUUUAAUUGUAGGGCUAACAUUCCCUUGCCUCUGAAAUUCCCUUUUGAAUGUGAUGACGUUUGGGCUUGAAAUGUAGGCACUGAUCUGGUAGACAUACUUGUUGUGGAACAUCUGCUGCUGGAUGUUAUCCCGUGAAGCACUCUCCUCAAAUGUAUAUUUUUAUUUUUGUGUGGGAGAGGAGGCAUGGGGACUUGGUUAGAAUGGCUGAAGAAAUAACUACAUUUAGGUUUUCAUUUGUCUCGUAGUCAGACUUUUUCACAGCCCCUUAUGUUUCU